UUUCUACAAUAUUUUAUGACACAAAAUUAACAAAUUCUUAAAAGCACUUAUUCUUUGUUGUUGAAGUGGUAAUUUAAACAUAACCUCUAACGAGUUUUAUCAGUUUUACUGUAACAUUUCUCAAUUAUUUUCUAUGGAUCUGUAGGACUAAAUCAUUUUUAAUAUGUUAUUGUUUUAAAUAUUUCAUGUCUAAUCGUGAUAUUGCUAUGGAUGAUGACUAUAAAGAGUACAGGAGAAAUAAACCUCAGCAAAAACUGUACAAGCCAGGUAGUGGGCCAUUGCGACGAACAAGCUAUGGUUUGGAUGCAAAAAUGGAUAAUUAUGGCGUAGAUAAUGAUUUGCGAGGACGAGACCGAAAUCACUAUGGAUCUCAUAACUCUGUUAACGAUAUAGACGUGGGUGGAGGCCACAGAGAACAUUCGGCGACAAACGUACGGCCGAGGAAGCCCGAGCAGCAGCUGUACGUGCCCAGGUCAGCGGACCCGGGGUCCGAUAAUGAAAGACAGGCUAAAACAUCAAUGAGGAGUGAUAAUUCUAGUCAGUAUGUCAAUAGAAGAAUGUCAAACAAACAAGAUAAACAAGGUUUCAAUACUGGUACAGGGUCUUAUACCAGAGGUGCCUCUAGAAGAGAAUAUUCUUACAAGGAUGGUGCAAAUAAUGAUAUCAAUUAUAAUAAUAGAAAUUAUAGACAAACAUCCGAAACAAGGUCCAUAUCACCUACACAUUGUCCCCAAGAGCAAAAUACUGUACACGACCGAAACAGAGACAGUAGGAGUAUGGAGACUUCUGCAGGCAGGCACAUGUCAGGAUCUGGUGGGAAACCACCUUCAGGACGCAGAAACUCAGCUGGUUACCCAGAGGCAGGCAGACCUAAGUAUAUGGUUAACUUAGAUAAUAUUCCCCCAAGGUUUAGAAAGAAAUUUUUGGAGCAAUCAGGCCACCACAGUUUUGAUAAUGUAGACCAAAUAAGUAGAGAUAGACCAUUCCCUAAUCAUGCACUGCAGCCAAAUUACAAUCACAAUAAUCAGUUUUAUAACUCAAAUACAAAUUGGUCGCAAACCUUGCCCUCACGGGGAAGAGGUCGACUCAGAGACAAUGAAAGCUUUGACAGAGAAAAGUUUAUAAGUACUUAUUUGAAGAGUUACGAGGCUCAGAACUCGAGAAGGUCCACACCCAGUAAUUCAUACAUGAAUUUGUAUGAACCCAAUGCAAUAGAUAAUAAAAGUGUACACAACAAACCUGAUGCAUAUAUCAAUAAUGAUAGCCCAAAAGAAAGUGAUGCCUCUAAAAAUGGAAUGAGCACUGCUUCCAAUGAUUCAACAUACAAUCAGAAGGAAAAUCAGAAACAUGACACUGAUAAUGAACAGGAUAGUGAAACUAUUUCACAAAUCUCAUCUAAUAUUAUUGACAUGACAUUGGAUUGGACUGAGGAAGUUGAAAAAACUAUAAAAUUAGAUGAUAUGUGUGAGUCUUCAACAAGUUUUUGUCAAAGUAUGAAGUCAUCGGUACCUCAGGAUGUGAAACCUGUUGAAGCUCGUGAAUCAAAGAGGAGUGGUCGCUCAAGGCGUAGGGAUAAACGAAGUUCAAGCAGAGGCCAGAGGAAUUCUGAAAAGAAGUCUGAGAAGAACCGGAAAGAUAGUAAUGUUAGCAAUAUUAGCAUCUCAGAGUCAGAAUACAACAGGAAAGAUAGUAAUGUAAGCCUUCAACAUGAAGCAAUAUCUGCAAGCCUGAGACAGAGGGAGAGGGAAAGAAGGGACAGCCACAGAAGCAACCGUUCAUCUACUAUUGGAAACAGCAGGGAUGAUUUAGACCGCUGGAGGUCAUUGAGGUCUUACAGCAGGGAACAGAGCACUGAAGGAAGGAUAGUAUCACAAUGUAACAGCAGAGAUACAUCAGCAAAUAGAGAUAGUGAAGGCUUUAGAGUGCCUUCCGCUGUAUCUAAAUCUGGAACAUGGUCUAACAGUCAGAAGAAGAACAAUGGUUCUUGGAGCGGCAGGACUCCGAGUAUGGAGCGCGGGCGUCACUCGCCGGCGCCCAGCAUAGUGAGCACGGGCGGUGACGUGGCGGAGGCCGGCGGCGCGGCCCCGGAGGCGCGCGAGGGCCGCAGCAAGCGCUCGCGUCGCUCCCGGCCGCGCCGCAAGCACGCCGACACGGCGCCGCCCACGCCGCACCCGCCCGGCGCCACGCCUGCGCCUACCAACAUGAACUGGCGCGAGGAGAUACUCGAGUCUAAGAAGCAUACACACGACAAACAUCAAGAAAAUACGCACCAAAGGAAUAGACUGAAUAGUGCUAUGUCAGAGAAGUCGGUAACAGAAUCGUCCACCUCUCAACCUGGUAUUCUAAUAUUACCACAAAGUUCUGUCUCACACUUGCAAAAAGAUCAAGGGCGAGGAGGCUCUGUGGAAACACAAAAAACAUUGUUUGACCACCACAAUCCAUCCAAACCAAUAAUUGUACAAACUAGUCCUUCUAAAGUAGACAUGAGAAUGGAAAGAAGUAUCAAGGAGUCUUCGUCUCGUGGUGGCACAGGGUACGAGGUGGGAGACGCAGCGCGCGCGGCGCGACACAGAGCCUUGUUACAAGAGGUUGAUCGCGCGGAUGCCGUCUUGCAAACACACACGUUGCGCGGCCCACUCGCUUUAGCCGAGCAUUGGAAUGACGUCAUCGACACGAGGAAAUCAUUACAAAACGCGUUACAAAGACUUCUGAUGUCUGAUCUCAAAUAUUGCCAGGCUGAUAACAUAGAGCAUCAUUUUUGGAAAAUUUUAUAUUACAAUUUCAUAGAAAUUUUAAGAAAAAGUUUCACCCAAGUCUCUCCAGAAGAUAAGCCGAAAAUAGUUAAACUGAUAAACGUUAUAAUAGAAGAGGGGAAUACGUUCUUUGAGAGUCUAGUUCAGAUGUUGGAGAGGACGUACAAGUUUAAUACUGACGACUAUAUCAAUGACAACCAUGCGUUGCCUCCGAAAGGGCUAGGCUAUGUGGGCCUGGCAUUGAUCUCAGUUCAGAAACUGUACGUAUUUCUGGGCGACCUAGCGCGGUAUAAGGAACAAGUGAACGAAACUAGCAACUAUGCUAAGAGCAAAUUCUGGUAUACGAAAGCCCAACAGAUCAACCCGAAGAACGGACGACCCUACAACCAACUAGCGAUAUUAGCUAUUUACGCGAGAAGAAAACUCGACGCGGUGUACUACUACAUGAGAAGUCUGAUGUCAUCAAAUCCCUUCCAUUCAGCGAGAGAAAGCUUGUUAUCGUUAUUUGACGAGAAUAGGAAAAAGUACGAAGCAGCAGAACGAAAGCGUCGGGCGACUCUCGAAACUACCAACAACACGAAUGGAGAAGCGGGCAGUAGUGGAGCCCCGGGGCAGAGCCUCCGCCGCGAGGUGUGGGUGCGGCCCAGCGGACACCGCACCACCACACUGCGGCACGACACCAGGGACGAACAUCUCGCGAGCAUGACACCUGUCGAACUGAACAAAACCUUCAUCACGAGCUAUUUACACGUCCACGGGAAACUGAUAACGAAGAUCGGCAUGGAGACGUUCCACGAGAGCGCGGGGCAGAUGCUGCGCCAGUUCCGCGCGCUGUUGCACCGACAGCCGCUGCCAACGCCGGCCGCGCGGUUGCUGCAACUUACCGCGCUCAACAUGUUCGCCGUCGAGACCACCGCAGCUUCGCUUAAGGACGGCAGCAGCGGCGGCGAGCGCUCAGCGUGGUUGCAAUGCGCACUCGGCGUGUCUCUGCUCAUGUUCGGCGCGAUGCUCGAGCGAUGUUGCGCGCUGCUGCCCGAGCCGGCGCACACGCAGCAACACGCCGACGCGUUACUACUGCUUCCUGCUAUCAAGGCGUGGUCCGACUGGAUGCUAUGUCACAGUAGCGUGUGGAACCCACCGCCUUCCUUUGACAACUUUCAAAUCGAAAGCGAAACGGAUCCAUGGGAUUGGCUCGCCAAGCUCAUGAACAUCCUCGAAGAAUGCGACGACAAAACGAUACAGUUUGAAAACGAAAUGAAGGAAGGUUACGUGGUGGUGCGUCUGCCCGAGGACGCAUCGCUGGCGGGGUUCACGCCGCUGAUGUACAUGGAGCCGGCCGCGGCGUGGGCGCGCGCCGACGCCAGCCUGCCGCCGCACGCUGCAGAACACACGCUGCGCACGCGCAAGCUGCUCUUCUUCGGCACCGAGUACCUGGUGGGCGUGGAGCCGCCGGUGCUGCGCCUGGAGUACCCGGCGGGCGCGCCACCGCGCUACGUCAGCGCCGUGCAGACCGCGCCGCAGCACCUGCCCGUGUUACACCACUUGUCAGAAGAUUCAGAGGACGAGACAGCGAGCGGGCCGGCGAGCGGGCCCACCAGUCUGGGCGAGUGUAGCGACGCGGCCGACGCCGACGAAGCCACGCGCAAGCUGCUGCGGCGUAAGGAACAACUCGAGUCCAGGAAGGCCACCCUGGAGAGACGCAGGCAACGGAUGAAUGAGAUCCUCCGCGGCGGCUGGGUGAGCGUGGAGGUGGAGGUGCGGCCGCGCUGGCUGGUGCCGGACACCAACUGCUUCAUCGACCACCUGCAGCUGCUGCGCGCCGUCGCCGGCGCCGCGCUGCAGCCCUACCUGCUGGCCGUGCCGCUUGUUGUGAUGACGGAGCUAGAAGGGUUGAAGCGUUGCGCGCGAGUGGGUGAGCGUGCGCGCGCGGCUCUGAGCUGGGUGUCGGGCGGCGGGGGCGGGGGCGGGGGCGCCGUCCGCCUGGCCACGUCCCGCGGCAGCCUGCUGGCGUCGCGCGCCUUCACCGCCGAACAAGACACAGAGCGCGGCACCAACGACGAUAAAGUGCUCUCCACUGCGCUCAACCUUCACGCCAAUCUUGCCGUCGAACCAGACACGCGCGGUGACGACGGAGCGGACAGCAAGUGCGUGCGGCGCGUCCGCGAGGUGGUGCUGUUGACGGACGACCGCAACCUGCGCGUCAAGGCGCUGGCCGCCGAGCUGCCCGCGAGGGACCUGCCCUCCUUCGUGCAGUGGGCCGGCUUAGACGCCACGAACACUCAAGCUCCAGGAAUUGAUGACUCGACUAGCGGGCAGAAGUGACCAGUAACAAUCGACUAACUAGCUCAUAUUUCGAUUCUUUUUAUUUUUAACUAGAAACGCGAGGUGACUUAAUGUUGCGGAAAUGAUAGUGCUUAAAUAAAGUCUAGUAAUGUCGUGUCAGCGACGCUGCGCGCGGCGCCUCCGGGCGCGGGUACGUCGCGCCUCACUAUAGUAUAGGAAUUGAAUAGAUUAAGUAAAGUUAAUACACCAAUAGACAGAUAUAUUAAUAAAUUUUGUUAAGAGCUUAAGGGUUCCACCUCUGUGUUCCUGGGCUACAUUUUACUUUGUUAUUUUUACGUAUUUUUCAGUUAUAUUUGUAAGGUAUUAGAUAAAAUCGUAAACCUAGUGUUGCUGAGCUAAUAUUUUUAUUUACUUUUUGUAAUAUACAUAUUAAGUAUAUUUUUUAUUAUUUUCUAGCUAGGUAAUAGUAAUGAAUAAAUUAUACUGCAUUACCUACCUAUGAAUUGACAAAAGUACAGGUUUUAUCAUUUUUCUUCAUUAUUUUACAUCUUAACUAUUGACUUUGUGACGAAAUUAUUGAUGGCUACCGAAAAUGAUGCUUAUGAAUUGUUCAUUUAGAAAUUUGUUUGUAUGUAUUCACACGUUCAUCGAAUGUCUCGUGCCAUUCUUGACUGUAUUAUUAAAUUGUAUCUUGCGUCAUCAAUUAAAUUCAUUGCUCGUUACUGUAAAGAUGUUGUUUAGAAAGUAUAUUCUAAGUGUAGACCCGACAGGCGGCCCCGAGCCGAGCCCAGCCCGAGCCCGCCAGACGACGUGUCUGUCAUGUUGUCAAUGCAUGUCGUGUGAGUUAUGAAAUCAUGUUACAAGGACACCUCAUCGUGUUUUGAUAAAAAUUUAACAGGAAUCGUAUUGACUACGAAAAUAAAUCUAUUUCGUAAAAUGUUUAUCAAUAGUGUAUAAAUACUGAGCAAUAAAGUAAGCAUUAGGUUCAAUGAAGAUGUAUGCUUUAUGUUACUAAAUAAAACGCGCAGGCCUUAUAAAACUUUUUAACACAAAAUAUACCUAUAGGAAAUUUGUUGCAAAUGAGUGGAUGUGCCUUUGAUUAUUAUUUUGUCGUUGUCGACUAAAUACGUGGGAGCGGGUGGAACGACAAGGUUCCAUCAGAGUACAUCGUGUGAUGAUUGCUGCCUGUGUAUAGUCGGGCGGUGAAAAUGAUGACGAACAUUAAUCCAUCCAUUUAUAAAUCCAAACUAUAAAUUAUAUAUAAAAAUAUAUUACACUCAAAGCUAUAGUUAAUUGUGAUUCAUUGUCACUGGGCGACUAUACACAAUCAUUGCACUGCCCGUGGCAUGUCCUCUUGACUCUAGCCUUAUAGUAACAAUUGAAAUAGUACAUUAUCAACAGGUUACAUUUUAUUUUGUAGAUACAUUUAAAGUAUUGUGUAAUAAAAUCAGAGUUAUUAAUUAGUAAUAGUUACAUUGUAAAACAGAUUUUUCAUUUUUGAAAAUUUGAUGCUGUUACGUCUUUUGUCCUAAUCAUGAUGUUUUAAUAAACAUGGAUUACUUCA